CGGUGUCUUGUUUUCAGAGAAACACGGUUAAAGCCUAGGUUAAAAGGGGCAUGACUGCCCUUACUUAAAAUGGCGACCGGAGCCUUGCAUGUGACACAAUGGCCACUAAAUUAUAAAGUGAAAACCCCUCGCUGUGCCCCCAAGUGCGUGUUAGGAGAAAUGAUGAACGACUGCCUAAUGCUGCCAGGCAUUUAUUAAUGCAGCCGCCGGGAGAGGCUUUGGGCUUGGGAUGGAAUGGCUGUUUUGGGGGCUGUUGGACAGUUGCUCCCCCCACCCUACAUCAGCCCAUGACCUAUUUGGGCUCCUCCUCCCCCCACCUCCCACCCAGGGCUCCAUUCAGGAUAGUAUUUAAAGGGCUGUAGAGCUGAGGCCUAGUCUGUAAAAUGGAGCCGAGGGAGUGGGGGCCUGGCAGGGGCCUACAUAAAACAAAGUCUGUGCUGCGGCCUGUGAUCCGGGCGCUCGCCCUCUCCCCCCCCCCCGGGCCUAGUGGGGGCCUAGUAGCCUGACAGGAGCCUAGGGGUCUGAUAAUGGCCGCCUUGGUGGUUUCGGUUGCUUGGUUGAUGAUGUCAUUUGGCUUCUGGGUGUGGCUUAGAUUUCACAGGAAGGGAGGGGGUGGAGGACGGUAUAACACCAUUUGAGGGUGCUGUUUUACUUUGUGGAAAACCAGGUUUAUACCUGGCCAGGUGCGAAAUUUGAGGGAUUUUUGUCCCCAACAAUCCUCGGAUCGUUGUGUCAAAAUUUCAGGACGAUCGGUCAAGCGGUUAUGGAGAAAAGUGUGGCCGACAAUUUCAAGAUUUUUACAUUUAUAUAUAUAUAGAUUUGUCCAAAAAUACCAUUCCCGCCAUUUUUUAAAUUUACUGUCAUGUUCCAUAUUUCAUACAUUUGUAUUUUCAAUGCUCUGUAUUUUGAUGUUUUGAAUGUUUGCUAUGAGCCACUUUGGGCAGAGCUCAUUGUGGAAGAGAUGCAGGACCAGGGCCUUCUAAGGACUAGCCCUGACCUGGUGAAACGCUCUCUCUCAGGAGUCUAGGGCCCAGCGGGAGUUGUCAUCUUUUCGUAGGGCCUGCAAGACGGAGCUGUUCUGCUUGGCCUUUGAACUGACUCAGUCUGACCCCAGGGUUACCCUCCCCUAUGGUUUUAUCCUAAAGAUAUUUAAAUGAGGUUCCACUUGUAGAUUCCUAAUUUUAAAAUUGAAUUUUAACAUUGUAUUUAAUCUGUAUUUUAAUUGAAUUGUUUCUUUUAUACUUGUUUUGAUAUUCUUGUUGUUAGCCGCCUGAGCCCGGUUAUUAUUAUUAUUAUUAAAAUAAACUCAAUGAAUCCCAAUGAAGAGGGAAGUAUCUGAGACAGCUGCUCUUGGUUACUAAAAGCCAGUUCCUCGUGAGAGUGGGGUAGCACCACAGUGAACUUUGUUAUUUGAUCUCAGUUCGUAGAACAAUCUGUGCAAACGAUGAAGGUGGAAGUUAGAGAGCCCAACCGUAUUUGGGGCCAUAGUCUCUGAUAGGUAGAGCCAGUACUUCUUUUCUGGGGGACGCAGGGGUAUGCAUACCCCUAAACAUUUUGUGCAUCUUUGUACUUUUGUCCAUUUUAUUUUUAUUUAUUUUUAUUUAUUUUUCAUGAUUUGAACUAUAGAAUGGUGAUUAUCUUGAGUGAAAGUGAAAGUAAGCCAAAACAUUUUUAGGGGGGGGGGGAAGAGCACUGGGUAGAGCCAACUAAUUCUAGUUCUCUCACUGCCUGCCCUAUUGAGAGCUACAAGAGUAACACAGAUACUCAGGAGGAGGCAGUGCCAGGACUAGUUGAAAGUGGAAAAAGAAGACAGGUGGGGAUUGGCGAAGAACAAGCUGGCAAAGGCAGUGCCCCAUUCACUCUCAGGGAACAGUCUCCACUGCUGUGGUGUGUUGCUGCACAUUUGCAAUUGUUUCUCUCCUUUGCAAGGGUUUUGCAGGACUCCGAAAGGUUGGUGAUCUCCAAAUGUUGGUGAGAAUCAAACACCUUUUCUUAACAGAAACCUUGCCCAAAAAUACCAUUCCCGCCAUUUUUAAAUUUACUGUCAAUUUUGUAUAUUUGUAUUUUCAAUGCUCUGUAUUUUGAUGUUUUGAAUGUUUGCUGUGAGCCACUUUGGGCAGAGCUCAUUGUGGAAGGGACACAUAUAAAUAAACUCAAUCAAUCCCAAUCAAGAGGGACGUAUCUGAGACAGCUGCUCUUGGUUACUAGAACCCAGUUCCUUGUGAGGGUGGGGCACCACCACAGUGAACUUUGUUAUUUGAACUCAGUUCGUAGAACACUCUGUGCAUAUGAUGAAGGCGGACGUUAGAGAGCCCAACCGUAUUUGUGGCCAUAGCCUAUGAUAGGUAGAGCCAGUGCUGUUUUCUGGGGGUACGCAUGGGUACGCAUACCCCUAAACAUUUUGUGCAUCUUUGUACUUUUGUCCAUUUACUGUAUUUAUUUUUUCCUGAUCUGAACUAUAAAAUGGUGAUUAUCUUGAGUGAAAGUGAAAGUACUCCAAAACAUUUUUUAUGGAAAAAAGAGCACUGGGUAGAGCCAACUAAUUCUAGUUCUCUCACUCCCUGCCCUAUUAAGAGCUACAAGAGAAACACAGAUACUCAGGAGGAGGCAGUGCCAGGGCUAGUUGAAAGUGGAAAAAGAAGACUGGCUAAGGACAGGCUGAAGCUGGCAAAGGUAGUGUCCCAUUCACUCUCAGGGAACUGUCUCCACUGCUGUGAAGUGUUGCUGCACAUUUGCAACUGUUUCUCUUCUUUGCAGAGGUUUUGCAGGACUCCGAAAGGUUGGUGAUCUUCAAAUGUUGGUGAGAAUCAAACAACUUUUCUUAACAGAAACCUUUGACAGGCACACAGGCAGGUAUUUAACACAGAGAGUAACACCUUGAGCUCGCACCCUCUUGCUCCUCCUCCACUGAUCCUUCUUGGUUUAUGAAGGGAGGAACAAAGAGCAGUGAAAGGAGGAGUCAGAAACAAGGAAGGGAAAACACGAUUUUGCUUGGAUGGGAAGGGGAAUGAAAGGGGCACAGACAGCCUUGCUGGUUUACAGAGGAGGAUCUGACCUGCUGGGAAGCGAGAGGGCGGAAGGAGAAGACCGUUGUGUUGGAAAGUUCAUGACUCUUGCAAAUAAACCCAGGACUCAGGCUACGCUUAUAAGAUGGAUGGACAGGCUUAUUUUAGAGCACCUACUGGUAUCUUGUGCAGAAGAAUGAAGUUGUCUUCCUCACAGUGGUGAAACAGAUGCCACCAUGGGAAGCUCCAGCAGGACCUGAGCUCAACAGCAGCAAGUCUCUCAUCUUUGAGUCCCAGAAACGGCCAUUCUGGUGCGUGACUGCCACUCAUGGCUCUCUGCACUUCUGGAGAGAUACGACGAUGGUGGAUUUUUCUCUCAGAAGCACUCUUCUUCAGACUAUUGCUGUGCUUUUCCUUGGACAUGCAGUGGGGAAUCCAACCCAUCAGGUGAAAGGAAUCCUGGGAGGAUCAGUCUUGUUUCCUGCCAACGUAUCCCAAGGAAUAACAAUGGAGAAAAUGGAAUGGGACUUUCUACCCCAAAGGGGUGGCUUGGGCUUUUGGCUGGGGGAAUUCAGCCACGGUAAACUGCAGCACCCAAGUCCCACUGACCGGUUUGGACAACGGCUAGACAUGGUGAACGAGACAACACUGAGGAUCAAAGACCUGGAGUUGGAUGAUGGUGGGAUCUACAAUGCUCGCAUCUGGUUUACUAAGGCACAGUUUCAAGAACAGAGUUUCAGCCUCACUGUUUAUGAGCCGGUGCCAACACCACAGAUAGACCACCAAGUGGAAUCCAAGACUCCAGGUGGAUGUACUGUGACCUUGCGAUGCCACACACCUGGAAGGAAAGAGCUCAAGGUCUCCUGGGAAACACAGAAUCUGCACAGGGCCUUAGGAAAGAGUGUGAAUCAGUACCAGGUUUCUUUCAAUGGCAAGGAGCUCCGUGUCUUCUACUGGAACAGGUCUUUUGACUCCAAAUUCACCUGUCUGGUCAGAAAUCAUGUUGAUCAAAAGAGAGCCUCAUUUGACUUGCUCAAUAUCUGCCAAAGUUAUGAAGGUGAAAAGUUUGGAGCCUUGAGUUGGGGUCCAUGGCUUAUGUUUUCCAUCACAGUUCUUCUGUUGAUAACAGUGGUGGUGAUGGUGAUGUGCAUGUGCUGGAAGAUCAGAUUAGAAAGGCAUAGAAGAGGCGUUUGCUCUUUGAUGCAAGAGAAGGAGGAAAGUUCUCUUACAGUCUGGAACUCAGAGAGGAGCCACCCAGAAGAUGGUGAUGAUAAGUUGAGAUGAUUGUUGUGCAAAGUAACGAAGGGGUGAUUGGUAGAUAAUAACAAUGAAAGCAUCUGAUUUGGGAUGUAUUUGUUACUUAUGAAAUUAUUGUUAAAAUUGUAAUCUGUUAUUUUUAAAGAAAAAACAGUAACAGCAAAAGAUUUCAAACAGGCUAGUGACCCAAUAAUAAACGGCCAUCAAUUUGGCACAACAUGUCCCAUCGAACCAUCUCUGCUCGUCUGCAGGAAUCUUCUCUUAAAAUUAUCUUUUGCUGGCUCUGAGCUCCACCCCAUCCAUCCAAAAUAAACAUGAGCAUCUCUCCCUUAUGCUCCAAAGGCUUAUAUUUCCAUGCAUGGUGGAGCUGUACGUUGGUCUACUCCUUUGGGGAAAAGGUGUUUCACAUUAUUUCCAAAAUUACACAGUCGCAGCAAUGCCUUCCACCCAAUUCAGCUCUUGCCUUGUCAUCAUUAAACUCAAAUUUAAACAAUAACCUUAAAGGCAGAGACUUUGUAUUUUUACAAUUAUCAGCAGCCUGAUUUCCAAUAGCCUGAUGCUGGAAACAACCUAUAGAAAUCCCCAUUGAAAUCUGGGUAAAUAAUAUUUGGAGUGUGGCUCUAUCUGAAUGCCUUACUUGUCACAGAAGGGUAAUUAAAGGCACUUCAAAGAUUGACAGUUUUGGCAAGACUUGGCUUCCAUUCUUUUCCUUUAUAAAAUUAGACAGUAUAUACUUUUAUUCCACCCCCAACAUAAGAAUCUCUGUGGAGAAGCUACCUGACUGGACAAUGCAUAAAUAAAUGUGUUGUUUGUGUACUGUGUGCUGCAUAUGAAACUUAAUAAGAAUGUACCACUAGACAAGUUACUGUAGUUAUAUGUUGUUCUUGUAUUUACAUUAAACCAAUAAAAAUAUUUGGAUUAAAAAAACAAAACAGACCAGUGACCCAAAUGUUCUCAUCAAAGGACCUAACAAACUGAUUGUGGUGCAAGGGGAGGCAGGCAGCUUGUGCCAAGAGCCUAUUCCCAUCAGGAGAAAAUGCGUGUCCAGUUAAAGGGGACAGAAUUGAACCCUCCCCUCUCCAGCUAGUGAAUGGAGAAUUUAGCCCUCUGGCUGCAGGGCUCUGCUUCCCACAUCCUUCCCCCAGUGAACCUAACAGGAUUGCCCUCUCCCCUCACCAGCUGUUCUGCACUCUUCCCAAAAUACUCAUUUUAUCAUUUUAUUAACCUGGAAUCUCAAGUAAUAACUGAGUGCUGCAGAAUGGAAAGGACAUACUUUUGUCAAUUCAAAAUGGCCCACUCCACCCGCUCUCUCAGGGACUUAGUUAUGGCAAGUUCUCCAGGAGCCCAUGGAACUAGAAAGCUAGCCCUAAAGGCUGGGACUGAGGUGCAGGGAAGGUGUAAAUUGGUAUCCUACUAGCAGGCUUAAACACUGGCCCUCAAAGUCCUGUGACCAGGCCAAAGAGCGAGAUAGUAAGACUUAUCCAGUGAUUAUGGAAGGGGUCCAACACCAGCAAGAGUCUAUAAGGCACUCCUCUUGAGUCUUCCGGUUGAUGAAAACAGCACAGGCAAGAAGGGGUGAGCAAAGUUAUACAUCAGGAACAAGGGAGGCAGACAGAUAAAAAUUUGCAUUGGAUCAAGAUGGCCCAAUGGUCUGGGUCUCCUUGUGUGCAAGAAAUCUCAGGAACACCUUCAUAACCAGCAGCAGAUGGACUCCUCUUUAGCCUUCCUGUUGCUGCAAACAGCACAGGUCUCCUGCUUCUUCAACCCAGGAGCCUUUCCUUCCCUUGCCUCUCUUUUCCUAUUUAGCUUGGACUCCCUCCAUGCAGACUGAAGGUGUAAAUGGGUGAAUAUACCCUUUUCCUUAAAGCUCAAGCACUCUCUGCCAUGUCUUCCAUUCUCCAAAGGACCACAGACCCUGUGUGGUGCCUGGGAUCCCAUGGGCUCUCGCCACUGCUGGGCAGAGAGAGGGGCAGGCACCCGACUUCUGCAACAAUACAUUGGACUGGAGCGCAAGGUUGUUUUCACCCUUCUCCCUGGUGAAACAUCCACAAAAGAGAUUUUCUUUGGGGAAGGAGACAUAUUUUCCCUGCCAGGGAGACUAAAAAGGAGUGAGGGAAAUAUUUUAACAGCAGCAGAGUGACGGUGCUUGUCUGGUGUCAAUAAGCAGGGAGUUCCAAAGAGUAGUGCUGCCAACCCUGAAAGAUGGAUCCCUUGGAAUCAUUGUAUGAGGUUUGGGGAAGAAACAAAAAUUUGCUGAAAAGGUAAACACCAUGGUGGAUAUCACCUAUAGAGGCUCUACCUGUUAAAAAAGUUGAAUAUGGAAGGGAGGUGGGCCACAUAUGUAGAGAUUUUGGUGAAAUCAGACAGAGGAUGGAAAUUAAAACCAUACAAUGAACUAGAGGAGUUUUUGACUGGAUGGUUGCGAUACCACCAAGUUAAUGAUGUGUUGUUGAAAUAUAAAAAAUAGGUUUUGAAGACAAAAAGUCUAAAUUUCAAAUUGAAUUGUUGGAAGGCAGAAGCAAACUGUUAUCCAAAUUGUAUAACUUUCUGUUAGAAUGGUUUACAAAAGAUGAAUUGAUGAAAGAAGUGAUGAUUAAAUGGGGAAUGGAUUUUGGUUAUAAUAUUCAAUCAAUCAAAAAUUUUAUUGCAUUAGCCGGUUGGCCAUAGCACAUAACACAUAAAACAUAAAAAAUCCUAGCAGUAACCUACCACUAUUAUACAGAGCAUGUAUAAAAAACACUUACAAAACAAUAAUAUUGAGUAUGAAAUUAUGGAAUGAAACAUUGAAAUUUCCAGCAUGUGCCGCUUUGAAAGGAAAUGUAAUGAAAAUGAUGUAUAGAUGGUACUUAACACCAGUGAAAUUAGCUAAAAUCUACAGGAUGAGUAAUAUUGAGUGUUGGAAAUGUAAAGAAAAAGAUGGUGAAUUUUUUCAUAUAUUGGGCAUGAGAAAAAGUAAAAGGAUUCUGGGAAAUGAUCUACAAUGAACUGAAAAAAGAUGUUUAAGUAUACUUUCCCCAAAAAACCUGAAGCAAUUUUGCUAGGUUUAAUGGGGGAGGAAAUUGCAAAGGUAGAUCAGAGACUAUUUAUGUAUAAAUAAAUAAACGACUGUAGCGAGGAUUUUACUAUCCCCAAAGUGGAAAUUACAGGAGAUACCGACGAUUGAGGAGUGGCAAACAAAGAUGAUACACUAUGCUGAACUGGUGAAGUUGACCUGCGGGAUCUGAAAUCAGGGCGAGACAAAGUUCCAGAGAGAAUGGAGUAAAUGAAUUGAUUAUAUUAAGAAUAACUGUAGAGGUUUGAAGACACUUGUGGGAUUGAAAUAAAUCCUACGAUGUGAACUCGAGUUAUAAGAAGGAACUACGGGACUUAGACUGAGAAAGAAAGCCGAAUGGCAGGAGGGAGGGAAGUCAUAAGCUCGGCAGAGUGAAUGGAUUGAGAAGGGUGAAUAUAGGUUGAAAUGUAAUUUGUUUUGUUUAUUUGGAAAAUUUAAUAAAAAUUAUUUAAAAAGAAAAAAAGAGUGAUCCAUUGGAAGUGCAAAGCAACCAUUAUGACAUUGAUACAUGAGCCAGUUCUUCUUGCUGUUUGGUUCCAUCUUCGUUUUGUUCUUUCUUUGCAUCUUCUCCUCACCCCUCAUCAUACCUGUGGGAUGUGGUUGUGGUCUCAGAUGAGGGAGAAGGGGGAGGGUUAUUGAGAACCUGGGACUUGUAUUUUGUGUCAAGGGGGAGAAGUUCUCCAGGUGUCGUGUUUCAAAAGGAGAGAGAGAGAGAGACAGAGACAGAGAGAGAGACAGAGAGAGACAGAGAGAGAAUCACAAGCUGAACAGGGGAAAUAAGAAGUGGGGCAGGAUCCCAGCUUCAGCAACACUCAUAUCCACCCCAGAGUCGCUUGCUCUGCCCCAGAACCCCUCAAGCUGAGCUAGAGACCCUGGAGGCACAUUUGCCUACAGAAACCUUCCCUGGUGUCCACAGGGUCCCAUCUCUCCCAUUUCUCCCCCCUCCCACUCAAUUUUAGCAAAGCAAUUUUACUUAAUUUAACACAUUUUAGAGUCUAAAACCACCCUCCAGUCGUUUGCACUGAGCUUUGGGAAAGAGGAGAAAUAUUGCUUUCCGGCAGGUCAGUGUUGUAUAUUGGCGGCCGCCAGGCACGUGACAAUGCAAAUCGCCCUUCUCAUCGCCGCACGUCGCGGCACACCAGCCAGCGUCUCGCUGACAAACUUAAAGAAGCUGGCUGGAUGAGCUCAACCUGAAACUUGCUGAGCAAAGGAUUGUGCUGGCAGAGAAAUCAGCGGCUUGUGAAGCCUUAUUACAGGAGAUUGCAACCAACACAGCAAUUGGCAAGUGUUUCUUACAGUCAUAAUUAUAUAGUCCAUAUAGGGCGGCACAGAGUUAAAUUUUUUAACUUUUUUAAUGGUGGUGUGCCUCGUGAUUUUUUUCACGGAACAAGUGUGCCGUGGCCCAAAAAAGGUUGAGAAACACUGAUCUAAAGAAUAGGCCUACUCCCUGAAAACUCCCCCCCCCCAAUCUCAGGGUCAAUGUGUUUUGGCACCUGCUGGGGGCUCACAUUCCACUGACUAGAGCCCUCACCCCAUCAGACUUUCUCCUUUCCACCACUGCUUUCUCAUUCUGGCCCAAACAAUCAUGGUGGCUGUCAUGGGCUCAGGAGGUGGGGGACAGGGAGGAGUUGUCCAUGCAGGAUCCCCCAGAGGAAACAGCAAGACUGGGUCAGACCCUGGUGAGCUCAAUGAACCAUCCACGGGGAGGAUCCAAGAAAGGUCUGGAGAAGAAUAUGGGAGCCAGCUGUAUGCCUUCUUCCCCUCCCCUCUGAACUGUAAGUCAGUUAAGUCAGGAGAGGAUCCUAGGAAUGUCUUAGUGGAGAGGGUUCUCCUUGUCCCAUCCAGGCUCCCGAUAAGUCACCCUACAGAACUGGCCUCAUCUACAGAACUGCCAGAGUCAGGCUCUGGCUCAACCACUCUGCCUAUUGCACCACUGGCUCCUGCUAUGUGUUUAAACGGGGAAUGUAAAAGUCUGCUAAGUUAUAGAACUUGCUAGCGCAAGUUAGGAAGGAUAUUAAUAAACAAUAUAUCCUCUCCUGCCUCCCUGAACAUUCCCACAUUCUCUUCCCUGGGUGAGUCCCUGGGUAAGAAAAGGAGAAUGCAUGGGGUGAAAAGCUAUAGGUUUGCUUGGUCAUGAAGGGGGAAAUAACUGACAAUGCUGGGGUCAACUGGAGAAUAGCCCCCUCCCUGAAAGCUCCCCACCACCACUGGCGUCUCAGGGUCAAUGUGGUUUGGCACCUCCUGAGGGCUCACAUUCCACUGACUAGAGCCCUCACCCCAUCAGACUUUCUCCUCCUUUCCAUCACUGCUUUCACAUUCUGCCCAAACAAUAAUGGUGUUCCAAGGGGGAUUGGGGUACUGGUCAGAUGAGGCUGGGGGCAGGUAGGAGUUGCCUGUGCAGGCUCCCCCAGAGGGACCGGCUAGACUGGGGCAGACUCUGGGGAGCUCAAUGAACCAUCCACGGGGAGGAUCCUAGACGGGUCUUAGUGGGGAGGGUUCCCCUUGUCCUGUCCAGGCUCCCCAUCAGUCACCCUACAGAACUGGCCUCGUCUAAAGAACUGCCAGACUCAGGCUCUGGCUCAACCACUCGGCUUAUUGCACUACUGGCUCCACCUUGGGAACCGACAGACUCUCCCAGCCCCAGCCUGAGGUCAAGCACAGUGUUGUACCCAACUCUGUCAGCCGUUCCUCAAAAGGAUUCAUUUCCAAACCCUUGAUUAUCUUAGUUGCCCUUCUCUGCACACGUUCCAGCCUGCCAAUAUCAUUCUUAAAUUGUGGUGCCCAGAACUGGACACAGGAUUCCAGGGGUGGUCUGACCAACACAGAAUAGAAUGUGACUGUUACUUCCCUGGAUCUGGACACUAUACCUCUGUUGAUGCAGCCUAGAAGAGCAUUACCUUGUUAAGCUUGUGAUCUAUUAAGACCCCUAGAUCUCUUUCACUUGUACUACUGGCAAGUCAUGUGUCCCCCAUCUUAUAUUUGUGCUCCGGUUAUUCCUCCUAAAUUCUCUCUGAAUGGCUAUAUGGUGCCCCUGGACUUACGCUGCCUCAUUCUCAGCCACCCACAUUUAAAUGUUAAUGAAAGAAUUAAAAGCUGCUCUGCCACCUUUUUAUUUUAUAAUAAAAUAGUCUGGUUCCAUCCCAGUUCAAGUGGAGCCCAUCCCUUUUGUACAGGCCCAGGUUGCUCCAAAAUGUUCACCAGUUCAGAACAAAUCCAAACUCCUUCUCCAAACACUAUUAUGUCACCCAAACAUUGAGACCACAAGGCUCUGCUUGUUUGUCCAGAAAGUGGUGUCCACAAAGUGGUGUUAGGGAAAGAGUGUUCAGACCCCUGGGCUCUCACUUGUGGGGCUCUGUCCUCUCCCCCAUGCUUUGUAAUAUCUACAUGCAGCUGCUGGGAGAGAUCAUCAGGGGGUUUGGGCUGGGUGUUCAUCAGUAUGCGGAUGAUACCCAGCUCUACCUCUCUUUCAAAUCAGAACCAAUGAAGGCGGUGAAGGUCCAGUGUGAGUGCCUGGAGGUGGUUGGAGAAUGGAUGGUGGCUAACAGAUUGAGGUUGAAUCCUGACAAGACAGAAGUACUGUUUGUGGGGGACAGGAG